AUUUUGUUUAUGCAAAAAUCUUAUAAAUAUAUAUUUUUUAAUUGGAGUAGAAACGAACUAUAAGGCUUCGUUGCCGGCGAUCUGAAGGCGGCGAAAGCGGAGAGUGCGGAGCUCUCUCAAGCUCUGGUCCUUUUCUUCUCUUUCAGGACAAUAUCUUUUAGAAAAAAUGGGUGCUGGAGGUCGAAUGUCCUCUCCUUCAUCCCUCAAGAAAUCAGAUUCUGACAACUUGAAGCGAGUUCCGUCCACAAAACCACCAUUCACCCUUGGUGAGCUCAAAAAAGCCAUUCCCCCACAUUGCUUUCAGCGUUCGGUUCUCCGCUCAUUCUCUUAUGUCGUUUAUGAUCUUACCUUAGCUUCGAUCUUCUAUUACAUUGCAACCACUUACUUCCAAAACCUCUCUAGCCUCUUGUUUUAUCCAGCCUGGGCUUUAUACUGGGUUGCCCAAGGCUGCAUCCUAACUGGCGUAUGGGUCAUUGCCCACGAGUGUGGCCACCACGCUUUCAGUGAUUACCAGUGGCUCGAUGACACUGUUGGCCUUAUCCUACACUCUGCCCUCCUGGUCCCUUACUUCUCUUGGAAAUACAGCCACCGCAGACACCAUUCCAACACCGGUUCUCUUGAGCGAGAUGAAGUCUUUGUCCCUAAACAGAAAUCCGCUAUCAAAUGGUACUCCACAUACCUCAACAACCCACUUGGCCGUAUCUUCACACUCACUAUCCAACUCGUCCUAGGCUGGCCUCUCUACUUGGCCUUCAAUGUCUCCGGCCGACCCUACGACCGUUUGGCCUGCCACUACGACCCAUACAGCCCCAUCUACUCCGACCGUGAGCGGUUGCAGAUAUUCAUCUCUGAUGCUGGGCUGCUGGCCAUCACUUACGGACUCUACCGCCUCAUUCUGGCCAAAGGCCUCACCUGGGUGGUCUGUGUUUACGGAGUGCCAUUGCUGAUUGUAAACGGGUUCCUUGUCCUAAUCACAUUCCUCCAACACACUCACCCGGCAUUGCCGCAUUACGAUUCCUCAGAAUGGGACUGGCUGAGAGGCGCUUUAGCGACAGUAGACAGAGACUACGGCAUCUUGAACAAGGUAUUCCACAACAUCACUGACACUCAUGUGGCCCAUCAUUUGGUCUCCACAAUGCCACAUUACCACGCGAUGGAAGCAACCAAGGCAAU